CUUACAUCCUGAAGCUCAGUGAUUGGCCAGCUGGUGCCUGACGUCACAGCAGGUUAGGUUGGUCUGUUUUGGUUCAUGUCGUCGACCGUGACAGCGGCGGCAGAUAAAAAGACCUUCGAGGAAGGUCACUUCGGGCCGGGCCAGGUUGGAGAAGGGGGUCAAGGUCCUCUUGCAGUGUUGUUUGUUAAUAGCACCAUCAGUUCCUCCUUGUUGUUGGGCCUAUGUAUGGGUCAGAUGCUGGACCAUCUUCUCUAUUGGUCCCUCCAUCUCCUCCUCCCCCUCAAGGCCACGGUCGCCCAAGGGCCUUCCGUGGGUCCUUGGCAUCACAACACUACCCCGAUAUAGGAAGCCUUGCUGCGGUGCACGGGCCUGCGAUUUCUAUGCGCCUGGUGCCAUCGACAACCAAUGCUAUGGGGUUGUACUCUCUACGACAGCUGCACUUGAGCCGUGCAAAACUUAAGGCUUCAAGUCGAACAUCUGCUCUUCUCUCUGGAUUUGCAAUGGUUGCCAUGGUGGAACUUCAGCUGACAACUAAAUGUGAAGGUUCUGCCAAGCCAAGUUCUGGUAGAUGUAGUUCUGUACCUGAUGGGCUUUUGAUUGCCUUUAGUGUGUGCACAACGUUGCUGGUGGCGGUACACCUGCUGGCUCUCAUGAUCUCCACCUGUGUACUGCCCCACGUGGAGGCCGUCGCCAAUAUGGCUCACGUCGAUUCCAUGGCCAGCCUGCAUGGCUCCACUACCAAUAUAUCCGAGUCUCCGCACAUUACAAUGCACAGGUACAUUGAAGCAGCUUGGACAUUUUCAACUGUUUUGGGAAUAUUGCUCUUUCUUGUCGAGAUUGGUCUUUUGAGUUGGGUUAAGUUCCUGGAUUACUCGCGAAAUGCUGCAGUUGCCUCAACGAUGUUGCUGGUGCCGACUGUUCUCCUGUUCACGAUGUUUGCCCUCCAUUUUUACUGGAAGUUAGUUGCCCACAAAGUGGAAAGUGCUGAUAAGAAUCUACAGGAAAUUGCAGCAGGACUGGAGGUAUUGCAGCAGAGAACAAAUGAGAAUCGACAUAAUGGGGCAAAUUCUUCUAUUCAAAUUGUGUGAUUGUCUUACUUUCAAGUGGUUGAACUUGUAAUGCUUCCAGGAGAGAAAGUAAACACUACUGGUUUCUUGGUAAUCUGUAUAUGUGAUAUCUAGAUUUUAAGUCUCCUUCAUACAUUGUUGUUAAAUUGGAUGCGGUCAUAACAUUUUCAUCAGUUGAUGUUUGUAGUAGAGUACAAUGAUGCAUUUUAAGUUAUUAUAUAAUGGAUGACAUAAAGACCUGUGAAAUUCAACAAUCAUUUGCAUUUUGAUGUUUUGUGCCCAUUUUCCUUCAUUACCCUGUUAGAGUGUGUGCUACAGAAUACACUAUUAUUUAACCUUAAUAUUAUGAUUAUUCGCAAAUUGUUGUGUGAUAUUUGACUUCUUGAAUAAUCGGUCAGUAUUGUUGCACAUACUGAAAGCUGCACGUUAUGGAUGCAAGAGUAAAAACAUAGCUUUAUAUGUAAGAAAGAUUUAUCAUUGAAUAGAUGUCGAAUUUCAGCUUUACACGUAAGGAAUAUUUAUCAUUGAAUAUAUGAGGAAUUUCAGCUUUAUGAAUGAAUAACUGCAAAGCAUAACUUCAGGUUUGUGUAAGGAAGAUUUUUCAGUGAAUAAAUGCAAAAUGUAAGGAAAAUUUAUCAUUGAAUAGAUUUGCAACUUCAGCAUUACAUGCAAGGAAGAUGCAUCAUUGAAUAGAUGUGGGAGGCAAUUCUUUUAUUAGUCACUUUAUUGUACAGUACUUAAGAGUUGAUUUUUAUUUCUAGUUUGAAUGUUAAACUGUUCAUAAAACUGGAGUAAAUUAGUCAUAUAUAAUAUGUAAAGAGCUAUACAUUAAAGAGCUAUAAAGAGUUGAAGUGAAGAGCUAUACAUUCUCAAGUUUUAGUGAGAAUUAAUGGAAAAAAAAAUUCUGCGAAGAUUUUAUAUAUGGGAUUUUUGGUACUGCAAUAUAUAUUAUAUAAUAUAAAUUUGUAUAUAUAUUACAUUGAUGUAAGUAGAUUUUAAUGUAUUGAAUUAGUAUAACAAAACUUCAUGACAUGAUGCAUUUAUAUUUGUGUAUAUCCCAAAGGUAAGGCUGUUAAUAUAUGCAGGUGUGGCUUCCCUUAUACUUAGCUUAUAUAUAUAUAUAUAUAUAUAUAU